AUGAGUUUGCGCGCGCCGAGACGGUCGAAUGCGGAUGGUUUGUCGGAGAAUGUGCUCAAAGCGAUAUUGGAGCCGAAGGCAUCGAUGAACAUGACACUGAAAAUGGAGGAAGAGGAGACUGACAAGAACAUGGAGAAUCGAGGACACAACACAUCCUCAACCACCACGACGACGACAACGAUCCCACGUGGAAGUGUCGGAAGUCUUUUGGAUACCACGUCGGUUUCCACGUGUAGUAAGGUCGGGAUCGAAUUUGUGGAGGAGGAGGGAGUUGGACAUUGGUUAUCAUUUGUUUUGGGAAGAGAUAUGGGUUUUCGCGUCCACUGGAGAGAAGAGCACCUGGUGGACAAUGGUGAUGAUUUUGAGACUUUUGGUCUCCAGACAAAGUUUUGGAGUCAGGAUUUGGUCUAG